UACGCUAAAAGCUCACCAUCCGGAGGUGCAUAGAAUAAGUUAAGCUGUGUUCCAUGCUUCCAUCAGCGAACAUCGAACAUCACCACCUCGUAUUGAGCCUCACCGUACGCAAAAGGUAUCCGCAAAGCAGCGUUCAGCCUUAAAACCUCCUUCGAACUUUCAAAGCCUACCAUCGUGAUCAAUUUGCUCAGAGUACCCAUUCAUCAUACCUAAAUCCAAUCGUACAUCCAAGUCCACAAACCCACCAUGUCUCUCAAACUCCUUCGUCUCCUCCCCCUCCUCUCCCAAACCCUAAGCGUGGGCUACGCCAUCGACGAGAUCAUCUUCCUCGGCUCCUGGAUGCAGCCUUCCCUGCGCGCGCGCACCAACGCAAACCUGCCCCCCUGGUUCAAGAUCUGGGUGGGUCGCGGCUUCUGGGUCAUCGUGCUGGGCUAUCCCUUCACCUGGACCGUGUCAGGGCUGAAUUUCUUGUUUGACCGCGCUGCGCUGUCUGCUUCGGGCGCCGCCACGUGGUAUGCUGUAGGUACCGUGCUGUCGGCCGCGCAUAUGCUAUACGGGAAGAAAGCGCUGGGGCUGUUGAAUGACAUCAGUAAUGAUGUGCCCAAGGGUAAUAGCGCGCAUUCGAUGGAGGUGUGGUUGAAGAUGCAUUGGCAGAGAACGCUGGUGACGGAUUUGCCGGCUUGGAUCUGUUUUAUUGCUGGCUUCUUGAUUGCGCACGAGGCAGCUUAGACGUGCUGGUUCGGAGAUUAGAUGUGGAGGCAUCUGGACGAGACAGACUGUAGAGUACAGGCUCAAUGGGCGGUGAGGUCGACUCCAUUUUUGACACGCAGGACUUUGGUCGGAUAUUUUAUCGUCAUGUCUCGUAUUCAAUCUUCGCUUCUACCUACUAUCACGCC